UCUUGUUUCUUGUCAGGCCUCAUUCUAGUGUUCCCGUGCGUGGCCGGUUCGAGUGGCCCGCUAUUGUACCACGGCAGCCGGAGGGAGGAAGCGCUACUUUGGGUGGUCUGACAGACCCCCGCGGCUCACAAUAGCGUGGUGCCCAAUUAUGAAGAGGACGUUUUUCUACUUGAAGGUUGUUGAUUUACGGCUCGGAGUUCAACCGCCUCCAAUUACCAUUCUGAGUGAAGCAGACAUGCACAUUCAAAGCGCUUUUCGUAUUAAAUCAUGAAGAGUGGGAGCCCAGUUUGUUUAUAAGACUCGCUGAACAAAAAGACGGGCAAGACAGUCGAGGAGCAACACCAGACAGGAGGACCAAAAGAAGAGAGAGAUUGCAGUCUCCAUGUUCCAGCUGCCCAUCUUGAAUUUCAGCCCCCAGCAGGUCGCGGGGGUCUGCGAGACGCUCGAGGAGAGCGGCGACGUGGAGAGGCUCGGUCGCUUCCUCUGGUCACUCCCGGUGGCGCCGUCCGCCUGCGAAGUCCUCGGGAAGAACGAGUCUGUCCUGCGCGCGCGGGCGGUCGUGGCCUUCCACGCGGGAAACUUCCGCGAGCUCUACCACAUACUAGAGAACCACAAAUUCACAAAGGACUCACACGCGAAGCUGCAGGCGCUUUGGCUCGAGGCGCACUACCAGGAGGCUGAGAAACUCCGUGGGCGUCCCUUAGGACCCGUAGACAAGUACCGCGUCCGGAAGAAGUUUCCACUGCCUCGGACGAUAUGGGACGGCGAACAGAAAACGCACUGCUUCAAGGAGAGGACGCGGCAUCUCUUGAGAGAGUGGUACCUGCAGGACCCUUACCCGAACCCGAGCAAAAAAAGAGAGCUGGCGCAGGCGACUGGACUCACACCCACUCAAGUGGGCAACUGGUUUAAAAACCGGAGGCAGAGAGACCGAGCGGCAGCGGCCAAGAACAGGCUACAGCAGCAGGUUCUGUCCGGUGGCUCGGUCCGAUCGCUUGGGGACGAUGACACCACAGUGGACCGCCUGGGUCCCUCCUCGAGCCCAGAAGUCAGUCUCUCGAGCAAGGCCGCCACCUCCGCCAUCUCCAUCACCUCCAGCGACAGUGAAUGUGACAUCUAACGUGACAGGCUUCAAAAGAGCAAACAGGAGAACUGUAAGAGACAAUCUAAAAACAACAAAACUUUAGUGCCUGCAACCGGCCCAGAGAGAGGCUAAAAUGAAGUAUGGAAAUAAAGCGUCAAAAUGUCAUUUUCCAUUCGUUGAUGUGAUCAACAAAAUGCGCAGUGCUUCUCACGAAGACAGGUGGGAGUUUUGGAAAAAAUCUUCUGAGGGCCUAACCUAUUGUUGUAUGUGUGCGUGCUUUAUCACGAAAAGACUGAAUAAUGUUUUACUGUUCACUUGUCUUUUUAAUAUAUAAACGAUGUUUAUUUACUUAUUUAAAAAUAUCAUCGGCCCCUAGGCCCUUUAUUUGUGUGCUUUUUUAUUAUCAUUUUUGUUGUGCGUAAUGCUGCGCGUCGUGAAAUUUCUGGAAAAAAUAAUCAUGAUUUUAAAAAAUAAAAUCACUGUUGAAUUAAGUAACGAUCGCAAAUGCACAACAUUAUUUUCUUUUCGACAUUUAUUCCAGUGUUUCCGGUUUAAAAUUGAGCAAUGCAAAGUUUCACUUCAUGAUUAUUUUAAUGUGUCUACCCGAAAGGGAAAAAAAUAUUUUUUAUAUCCUGAAGAACAGAUUUAGAACAGACGGGGAUCAAAUAUGUUGCAUGUUUUAAUGCCUCUCUGCGAGCUCAAGCUCUCUCACA